AUGCACCGAUUGCCAAGAAUCAUUCUCAACAGAACAACAAGUACAUUGUCCACACUCAACAAGAGUGGCGUAUGUCUCUUCCAAAAUUUGAGCCCAUCAUCUUCAAAUAAUAGUUUAUUGAGAAGAAUGUCAACCUGUUCCAAAAUUCCAGACAAGGAAUGCCCAAGAUCAACCCAACCAUUAUCAUCAAAUAGCCUUCAUCAUCCAUGUUGGAAUUGCUCCGAAGAAUUGUCUUGUAAUGACUUGUUUUGUGCUCACUGUAACAAAAUACAACCACCAUCAUGUAAUAACAACUCAAAGGUAAUAUCAACAUCUGGCGAGGACAUCUCCAUAGAUUAUUUUACAUUGAUGGAUAUGCCAAAGGAAUUUUCAAUCAACCCUAAAGUAUUACAUGAAAAAUUCAAGGAAUUACAACGAGUAUUGCACCCUGAUAAAUUUGCAAUGAAAUCAGAAGUGGAAAAGAAAAUUUCAAUAAUGCAAUCGGCUAUUGUUAACACAGCCUAUCAAACUCUUAAAAAUACUAAAUCUAGGGCAGAAUAUUUAUUGAAAGUUAAAGAAAUUGAUUUACUGGGACCUUGUAAUUACAAAUCAGUCAAUGAUGUUCAAUUACCUCCUGAAUUUUUAAUGGAAAUUAUGGAAGUGAAUGAAUAUAUUAAUGAAAUUGAUUCAGAUAGAGAUCAAUUGACAGAUUAUCAUAUGGAUUUCAAUGAAAAAAAGAGGCUCAUUGUAAAAUCAAUUGAUGAAGCAUUCAAAAAGGAUGAUUUGGAUAAUGUUCGUAUCAAUAUUGCAGAAUUGAACUAUAUUGAACGAACUCUUCAACUUGUAGAUAACAAACUUCAUCUCUUAGAUUUGAAAGAACACAGACAUUUUGCCAAUGAACCUUGCGCAGAUUGUGAACAUAACAAGUAG